UUUUCAUAUUUUUUCUACUGCUUUAUUGUCUGUUCCUCUUAAUCUCUCCAAGCUUCUGAAAAGCUAUCUCAACCCUUUUGGUUUUCUCGUUAGAUUCUCAAUCUAAAAUCUUGCUGUAGUUCUUGAAUUGUUGUAGCUCUGACAUCCACAAAUGGUGCUGUCGAAGCGUAGCCAUAGAUUCUUCAAGUUUCGCAGCAACCCAGUUGAAUAUUUCAUGCCAAAGUCUCAAAGAUUAUUAUGAUCUUUUUAUAUCUCAAAAAUUAAUUCUCUACCACAAACAAGAUUAUAUUCUCCUUGAUUUCUCUUCGUCUUCUCCAGUAGUCCCACUUUCGAUAGUAUCACUUGCUUUCAAAAAGUUGUUCAUUAAUUUAACAGACAAAACCCAAAGAUUCUCUCUCUCUUUCUCUAUCACACCCACCGACCCCUUCUUCACAGUUUUUAUUCUGUUGGCUCUGUACAAUCUUUGAUAUUUCAAUUCGUAUUUUGGUCUUUUUAACACAGAUGAUUACCAAAGACUACGAGUAUUGUUCACGUGCAGUUGUGGAGAUGGCUUGGAUUAUGCUGUGUGUCGAUUAUUCAAGGCUGUUUUGGUUAUUAUUCGGAGUCUUUUCUUAUGAAAACCAUGAAGGAAAGCCUCGGAUCAUCGAGCACCAGCUAGUAUAAUUCUCUUCUCUCGCAUCCCAUAGAAUAAAACUCACAGCUUUCUUCAUAUUUACUGUUGAAAUUAAAUAAUAUUAGGAACAGUUACAUACAUCUAUAUACACAAUAAAUAAGCUCUGAAAAUUUGCGGUUGAGGGUCUUUGAUUUCUCAGUCAUGUACAAGAGUUCGCGUUCAGGAGGAGGUUGCAUUAAUGGAGCCAAGACUCAGCUUCCAUACGUUGAAACCGAUCCAUCCGGUCGGUAUGGUCGUUUCAGGGAAAUUCUUGGCAAAGGAGCCGUGAAGACAGUGUACAAAGCAUUUGAUGAAGUGUUGGGAAUGGAAGUAGCCUGGAAUCAAGUGAAACUCAAUGAUGUAUUCCGUUCACCAGAGGAAUUGCAGCGGCUCUACUGUGAGGUUCACCUUCUUAAGAACCUCAAUCAUGACUCAAUCAUUCGGUUCUACACUUCUUGGAUCGAUGUCGAUCGAAGAACCUUCAAUUUCAUCACUGAGAUGUUAACUUCCGGCACCCUCAGAGAGUACAGAAACAAGUACCACCGAGUAGACAUUCGAGCAGUAAAAAAUUGGGCUCGUCAAGUUCUUGGUGCUCUUGCUUAUCUACACGGCCAUGACCCUCCAGUGAUACAUAGAGACCUCAAGUGCGAUAACAUCUUUGUCAAUGGCCAUCUGGGGCAAGUUAAAAUCGGUGAUCUUGGAUUAGCUGCAAUUCUCCGUGGUUCUCAACACGCCCACAGUGUUAUAGGUACACCGGAAUUCAUGGCACCAGAAUUGUACGAAGAGGAUUAUAACGAGCUGGUAGAUAUUUACUCCUUUGGCAUGUGUGUACUAGAGAUGCUUACAACUGAGUAUCCAUAUAGCGAGUGCUCCAAACCAGCACAAAUUUACAAGAAAGUGACUUCGGGAAAGUUGCCAGAAGCAUUCUACAGAAUUGAAGAUGCAGAGGCCCGACGUUUUGUGGGGAAAUGUUUGGAGAAUGUUUCCACGAGGUUGCCCGCUAAAGAGCUCUUGCUUGACCCAUUUCUAGCGUCUGAUGAAGGGGAAAUCCCGAAAGUCCCUUGUCAAAAGUCAACUGAUGGAGCAGUAGUCGUGGAGCCAUUGUCAUCUUUUAUGGCUCCAGAUUCAACAAAGACUACAAAUAUGACCAUCACUGGCACCAUGAAUCCUGAAGAUGACACCAUUUUUCUCAAAGUAAAGAUUUCAGACAAAGAUGGUCAUAGCAGGAACAUAUACUUUCCCUUUGAUAUUUUCAAUGACACAGCGACUGAUGUUGCCUUGGAGAUGGUUAAGGAAUUGGAGAUAACUGAUUGGGAACCACUUGAAAUUGCUGAAAUGAUCGAGGAAGAGAUAUCUUCUCUGGUCCCAAAUUGGAAGGAGUAUUGUGGCUCACCUAACUUCCAUCAUCAGCAUAGCUUCAUCUAUGAAGAUGAUGAUGAUGAUGAUGAUGCAGUAAUCCAUGGCCACCAUCCUUUCUACUCCAAAUCUUCUUAUUCCUCCUCCCACGCUUCUCUCCCAGAUUUCACACCUUCUGCCCAUAACUGGCUUCAACAAUGUGAAGACUUGUUGAAUAACGAUGAUGCAAGUUCCAAUGGCUCCGUUAACUCCUUAAAGUACUCGAACUUAGAUUACCACUCGGGCAACGAAGAAGAUUUUGAUUUAAGUCAUAGAGGAGGAGAGCCUCAGUGCUUUGCAAGGACAAACAAAACUACAAGAUUUUGCCCCACUACAAGACAUAAACAGUGCAAUGAAAAGAUAAAUUCAUGGAGAGCUUGUGGCUCCAAUAUUCCUCAAACGAAGAUGUCCAGGAUUCGUUCAAUGGUGGAUGUCCGCAGCCAACUUUUGCACCGCUCACUAGUGGAGGAGAUCAACAAGAGGCGCUUGUUUAAGACUGUUGGGGCCAUUGAGAACAUUGGAUAUCAUGAGCCUGCAAAUAGUAGCAGUAGUGGAGAUGGGUUGUACGGGAGAUGUUCGUCCAGGACAAGAUGAAUGAUGAUCACGACGAAAACUAAAGCAGAGAUUUGAGAGUGGGGUUAAAGUUAAUUAUUCCCCUAAUCUCUUAGUUACUUUGUCGUUGCUUUCUGGUGUGUUUAAUUAAGCAAUGUAUUAUCAUUAUGUAAACUUUGUAUAAGUAAGUAUGAACCUUUUGCGAGACUUCAAUAUGGAGAGACCUGUCUCCUAUUGUGAAAAGUUUGUCAAAUAAUAAUAAAGUUGUGUGAGGUUGAAGUAA